GUAAAGCGCCAAUGUUAUGGUUGGAAAUUUGACCAGUCGUCCUCUAAGCUAACCUGUCAGUCGCCCUUCAACACAACGAGAGACGCUCUUCUCAGCCAAACCAGACACCAAUCUAGCGUUAAACCAUGGCGGGGACAGUUGCACGGAAAGCCAUUGACCACCUGAAGAGCAAAGAAUUCAGGGAAUAUUUGAUGAGCACGCAUUUCUGGGGUCCAGUAGCAAACUGGGGUCUUCCUAUCGCCGCCUUCACAGAUAUGAAGAAGAGCCCUGAGAUUAUCAGUGGCAGGAUGACCUUCGCCCUGUGCUGCUAUUCACUGCUCUUCAUGAGGUUCGCCUACAAGGUGCAGCCUCGCAAUUGGCUGUUGUUUGCUUGCCAUUUGACCAACGAGGCAGCGCAGCUAGUCCAGGGAGGUCGUCUCAUCAAAUACAAAUUGGAGAAGAAGACAGGAUCUUAGCGGCCAAGUGAAGCCGAUGCAGACAUUUACUGCAGAAUGGCACCAUGGUGCUCCAACAGACAUCUAAACCUGGACAUCAAAGCCCAUCCACCUAAACAUUUUCUUUAGUCAUUGAUACUGUGGCACUUACACAAUUUUUAACCUGACCGAUCAUCCUCAAGAAGUUUUAGUCACUUUUUACUACACAGACAGAAAAAAGCAGACACUUUUCUUUAAGAAAUUAGGUCAACUGCUGUGAUUUAUUUUUAGAUUUAUGCAAUAUUCAUCAUUACACACAAAAAUAUAAUGUGGGUGAAUGUCUACCAGCCUGACAGUUAGAUGCUUUACACGCUGGAUCCACUGGCUGUUGCAGACUAGGCUGACACAAUCACCAAUCAUCUCAUUUCAUAUCAGUGAUAUUUCAUAGAGAACCUAGGCUGUUGUCAGUUUGUGCAAAUAGCACCCUUAAUAGCCCUUUGUCCACACCACGGCAGGUUAUGGCUGGCUAAGUAUAUAGAUUCUCAUUCAUUAACCUUUGCUUGAACACAGAGGACACGAGCUAAGCUUUGUUUGUUAUGCCCUGAAGCCAGAAAUAAUGCUGUACAACAAAAACAUUGUGUUUGAAGAUCUAAUUUGGCAUCUUAUUAUUAAAGUAUAAUAAAUAAUGAUUGUUAAUGUAUGUGAUGCAGCUGCCCACACUGUAAAGCUGUACAUAGACUGUCCAGGUUAUGAACCUACAUGACUGGGCAAGAUAAGCUGCUUCUGUCAGUGCUGACCAAACAUGUACUGAGUGUUGUUGUCAUACGUCAUUCACAUUAAUUUAUUGUCUGUGUAUAAUUCACAUUAUUUUUCCCUGAUUAAUAAUUUGAUUCUCUGGGUUUGUUAUAAUAAACAGGCUGUAUCCAACUUGAACACAA